UGACCUGAGCUGAAGCCAGAUGCUUAACCCACUGAGCCACCCAGGCGCCCCAGCAUUUUUGCUGACUUGUGGAUUUCAGUUCCUCUGGGCCUCUGGUCCUCCAACAUCGUCUUCCUCCCUCAUCCCUGACCUAGAGGUCUCUCUCAGAUACUGGUUCUCCCCAUCUCUCUCUCUUUGUUUCUUUGUCUUGCCAUGUUACUGGGUCAUUCAGUGGGCAGAUGUCCAUGUCAGGCUGCCUCCAUCCUGGUUUGGAUCCAAGGUAAAUAGAUGAAUUAAUGAGCCUCUUCUCCCUGGCUUUCAUUCCAGAACUAUCUGUCUCCAUCUCUGUGUCCAUCAUUUUCUGGGUCUUCUUGUGGCCUUAGCCUUGCAUGUUCUCAAUUCUAUUGUCUUUGUCUCUUUGGAUAUAUCUCUGUUUUUCUUAGCGCUUAUCUGACUUUCUGUAACUAUCUGAAAAACAGAGGGCACUCUAAGUCUCUUACUGCCUCUGACUCUGCUUUUCUGGGUCUCUUUUACUAACUUCCGUUGCAUAUCUCUGGGUCUUUGUCACCUGUGUUGGGGUCAGUCUCUAAUCUGCAGGCGGAGAUCUUCCUCACGUCCCUUUUCUUUUAUAAACUCAAUGGACAGGACAGGCCUACCACUUGCCCUCCACAAAGAUGGCGUCAGCGGCGCUGUCAAUGGAGUCGUGACGCCCCCUCUGCUGCGCGUGUGCCCUCACCUACUAUGGCAGCUGAUCUCGCGGAGCGCGAUGCCCCGCCCAGUUCUCGAGCUGUCCCUCGGCUAGUCCCUGCGCCAAGCUCGCGAGCCGGCUGGCCCCGCCUCCCGCACGCUUUCACUGGUGCGGCUCAGGCCGGCUGCGAGGCCAUUGGCUGAGACGAUGCACACCCUCCCCCCACCCCUGGGUCUGAUGGGGGCGGUUGGUGCUGACUUGAGGGGCCGCCCGGAGGAGGACUCGGCGUGUGAGGAGGGUGCGGGGAGGCCAGACCAGGAGCUGACCUGGAGCUGGGGCCACAGGCCUAGAAGCGCCCUGGACAGGGCCAAGGCCAUGGCCCCCCCACCGCCGCCACCAUUGGCCGCCAGCACCCCGCUCCUGCAUGGCGAGUUUGGCUCCUUCCCGGCCCGCAGCUCCCGCUUCGCCCUCACUCUCACACCACAGGCCCUACACAUACAGCGGCUGCGCCCAAAGCCUGAAGCCCGGCCCCGGGGCGGCCUGGUCCCGCUGGCCGAGGUGUCCGGCUGCUGCACCCUGCGGAGCCGCAGCCCCUCGGACGCAGCGGCGGCCUACUUCUGCAUCUACACCUAUCCGCAGGGCCGGCGCGGGGGCCGGCGCAGAGCCGCCCGCACCUUUCGGGUCGACGGGGCGGCCACCUACGAGGAGAACCGCGCGGAGGCCCAGCGCUGGGCCACUGCCCUCAUGUGUCUGCUCCGUGGACUGCCGCUGCCUGGGGACGGGGAAAUAACCCCGGAGCUUCUGCCAAAGCCACCCCGAUUGCUCCUAUUGGUCAAUCCCCUUGGGGGGCGGGGCCUGGCCUGGCAGUGGUGUAAGACCCACGUGCUGCCCAUGAUCUCCGAAGCUGGGCUGUCCUUCAACCUCAUCCAGACAGAACGACAGAACCACGCCCGGGAGCUGGUUCAGGGGCUGCGGCUGAGUGAGUGGGACGGCAUUGUCACGGUCUCCGGAGACGGGCUGCUGUUUGAGGUGCUGAACGGAUUCCUGGACCGCCCUGACUGGGAAGAGGCUGUGAAGACGCCCGUGGGCAUCCUCCCGUGUGGCUCAGGCAAUGCCUUGGCCGGAGCCGUGAACCAGCAUGGGGGGUUUGAACCUGCCCUGGGUGUGGACCUGCUGCUCAAUUGCUCGCUGCUACUCUGCCGCGGCGGCAGCCGCCCGCUGGACCUGAUGUCUGUGACGCUGGCCUCCGGCUCCCGCUGCUUGUCCUUCCUGUCUGUGGCCUGGGGCUUCGUGUCAGACGUGGAUAUCCAGAGCGAGCGCUUCAGGGCCCUGGGCAGUGCCCGCUUCACACUGGGCACAGUGCUGGGCCUCGCCACACUGCACACCUACCGAGGACGCCUCUCCUACCUCCCUGCCACCGUGGAGCCCACCUCACCCACCCCUGCCCGUGGCCUGCCCCGUGCCAAGUCAGAGCUGACCCUGGCCCCGGCCCCGGCCCCGGCCCCACCUGUGGCACACUCACCCCUGCAUCGUUCAGUGUCUGACCUGCCCCUGCCCCUGCCCCUGCCCCAGCCGGCCCUGACCUCCCCUGGCUCGCCUGAACCCCUGCCCAUCCUGUCCCUCAAUGGCGGGGGCCCAGAGUUGGCCGGGGACUGGGGUGGGGCUGGGGAUGCCCCCCUGUCCCCAGACCCACCACUGCCCUCACCGCCUAGCUCCCCUAAGGCAGCUUUACUGUCACCCAUCACCGAGGGGGUCCCAGAAACGUUAGCCUCCUCUGGGCUUCCCCCUCCCACCCCCGGCUCUCCGGGAGCCGUCUCUACCAGGGGCCCGCAUGACCACCUGCUCCCUCCUCUGGGCACCCCACUCCCCCCAGGCUGGGUGACGCUGGAAGGGGACUUUGUGCUCAUGCUGGCCAUCUCACCUAGCCACCUGGGGGCAGACCUGGUGGCGGCUCCCCACGCGCGCUUUGACGACGGCCUGGUGCACCUGUGCUGGGUGCGUGGUGGCAUCUCCCGGGCUGCGCUGCUACGCCUUUUUCUGGCCAUGGAGCGAGGUAGCCACUUCAGCCUGGGCUGUCCGCAGCUGGGCUACGCCGCGGCCCGUGCCUUCCGCCUCGAGCCUCUCACGCCUCGGGGCGUGCUCACUGUGGACGGAGAGCAGGUGGAGUACGGGCCGCUGCAGGCGCAGAUGCAUCCGGGCCUCGGCACGCUGCUCACUGGGCCUCCCGGCUGCCCGCGUCGGGAGCCUUGAACCCAACGAGGCUUGCGGCCCGCCGGGGGCGGGGCCAACAUUCCAAGGAGGCGGAGCCUGACCUGAGGGCGUGGCCUAGCUGCUAGAGUUAGGGCGAGGGUCCCACACGCAGGGGCCCCAGCCCCGUCUCAGGAUUGCGCCCGCCCCCAGGGGACCAGAGGUAAAGUUGGAGUGUGGUCCGAAUUCCGGAGGCUCAUGAUGGUCACAAACGGGCUGGCCCCGAGGGUAGUGCCUGACCGAUGAGGGCGGGGCUCAGCCCAAACCCUCGCUUCCGGCUCGUAGGACGCCAGGUCGGCUGAGGGCGGGGACUGUCUUACGUCUUGUCCAAUGACGGGACCUGGCAUGUGCGGGCUGGGGAAGGCCUUAGUUCAUUAGCCAGUCAGGGCCCGGGUCUCGCCCCAUCCAUUCCGGUGCCUCCACUUAACUGGCCAAUCAGCCCACGAGGGGCAGGUUCCCCGGGGCCGACGCUCGGAUUUGCACUAAUGUUCCUCCUCACCCCCUUGCCGGUGGGGGGCGGGGAAACGACCGUCUCCUGUCUUCUGUCUCCUGUGCGUCCCGACCCCAAUCUUCAGAGCAAUUGAAAAGGUCUAUGCAAUAAAGGCAGUCGUUGCAUUCCUCUCA